UUGCAAGGUACGUUUUGCGUCUACUGGAAGAGCCAUAGUGCGGCACGGUGUAGACCACAGAUCGACUGCUUCUAUUUGUUGCUGUUGGUCAGAUCCAUUUCCAGUGACAGGCUAGCCGAUCGCUUGCGCUUGGUGGGUGGCUGUUCUUCGUCGACGGGAUCACUGGAGAGGCCACCACCGACAUCUUCUUCAAAGUCGUGGUUUCCGGUCCCAAACAAGCGGUCUCCCACGUCGCCCAUUCCGGGCAAGACAAUUCCACAGUCCGUCAAAUUGGGGUCGACCACUCCAACUGUGUCGUAUAAGGAGAAAAAGUUAUAACGAACACGCACAGGGGCGGAAAUGCGGUGAGCGUGUAUUAAAUAUUCUCGUGUGUGUGUGUGUKUUUCAUGGAUUCUUCCCAAGUGAAUCCUCAAUGACGCUGAACGAUUUUGGAAAGCCUGUGCUACGGCCACACCAAACGAGAUUACACAGGACCAAACAGAACAAAGUUCUUACCCGUAACGGCCACCUCGGGGUGGGUUUUGGCAAGAAGCUCCAGUCCGGCCUUGCUGGCCACAACAGUAAUGACAUGGAUCUUGGGAACUCCCCACUGCAAUUUUGAAUAAAUUCCGUCAUGAUCCGUUUCGUUUCGACAAUCAUKGCAACGACGAUUUUUUCGGGCAAAAGAUCAACGACGAACAAGGCAAAAGAAUUUUUUGAGGUGCACGYCAAAUGCCAAUAGAGGGAUGCUCCAGUUGUGCCACYGUGACCCGUCCCAUUUUUCCUYAUCAGAAAAAGCCGGGACGAAUCUYGAYGCUGUCUGGCAAACGAAAAACACAAACUCACCUUCUUCAGGAUCGAGACCACCGCGUUGACGGUCGCCGCGCUCCCGACGUUGGGAUCCAGGACAUAGGCCACGUCCGCGGUGCACUCCCCCCUUGGCAGUCGGUUGAAGUACUGCACGGGAGCCACGUGAACCCCGGGGGUCCGGUACAUUCCGAUGUGGUGGACGGACGAAUUCGGCAACAGCUCCAGCAUGGAAUCCRUCAUGCCCAGYCCGCUGCGKAGAAUGGGGAUCAGCGCCACCCGGUCUUCGAGGCGGUAGCCACAGUCGGCAUUGCGGAGRUCCUCGUGUUGGGACUGGACCUCCUUUCCGAGGGGAACCGCCACGGGCAGAUUCGACCGAACCUUGAGGUCCYUGGUGGCCUCGUAUCCCAGGUGGUAGGUGACCUCGCGGAGAACGCUCCGGAAGGUCCCGGGAGAGGUCUUGGAGGACCGCAGCACGGUGAUCUUGUGGAAGAGCACCGGGUGCGACGUCACGUUGAUGUUUGGGGGGAGUUCCUUGCUUUCGGAGGCAUCGGUGGAGGGGGUUGCGGCUUGCUUGGCAUCGACGGCCGGCUGRGAUUCUGUGGGGGCAGCGGCAAUGGGAAGAGCUGGGGUUGCGGAAGGCGCCAUGUUGUGUCGUGUUUUCGUCUUGUCUUGUCUUGUCUGGUCUUUUGAUUGUAAUGAAACCGCGAGAAUAAG